AUGUCGACACCCUCUGCAGAGGACACCACACGCUCACCCCAUACACCACCCGCGGAGGGAACCGUAGAUGAUGUACAAGGACCGGCAACUCCGAGUCCACCUGCAGAAGCAGCUACUGUUGCACCGAGUACAUCGCGUGCACGAGCGGCACAACCUCGGAAAAGGCAUACAGAUGCCACACCAGUAUCCGCAACCCCUGCAGCUCCGAGUCCGCAUGCAGAAGUAGCCGAUGUUGCGCCGCGCACAUCACGCGCACGACCGGGACCACCUCAGAGAAGGGCUACAGAUGUCGCACCAGGACCCGCAACUCCUGCACCUCCGAGUUCCCCUGCCGAACAAGCCGCAACUACGAGUUCCCCUGCAGAGGCAGACGAUGAUGCACCCGAUCUCGACAACGUGGUUAUACCGGAUUUGGGCAAGAAAAUUCCAGAGCCACCAGGUAUAGAGGUAGAGGACGUAGACAGUGACGAUGAGAAAUCCGACUCUGAGGACGAGGAUUCAGAUGAUGACGAAGUUGCGAGACCGGCAGAACCUCUCACGGAGCUCGAAGAACAGUACAUAGAGGACGAAAGUUCGCUUCGGGAGAUGGAGGAAAUCGAGGCCAUGCGCAUCCCACUCGAGGCGUUUGACGAACCAGCGGUGGACAUCACCGACAUGAUGUCCAACACGUCCAAGAGGUCGAGAGAAGAUGAGUCGGCCAAGAUGUUCGCUAAUCUUCAACAAGACACCACUUACAUGGCCUACGUGAAUGCCGAUCGGGAGUGCAAAGAGUGGUGCUGCGCGUUCCUCAAGACGGAGCUAACGGAAGGAUUCCCACCCGACGCACAUUUGCUUGACCAAGACGAGGUUGGCACCUUUCUUGGAAGAGGGAAGGGAAAAGAUUGGAGGACGGCGGAACCAGACAAGCCGUGGUUACAUGGCCCGCGCACGACCCCGUUGCGCGUGGAAACGUUCCUUCGAUGGAAAUCUGAUCUGACCGUGGCAAAAGCGGCAGAGUUUCAGCGGAAGAAGGAGAAGGAAAGGGAGCCUUCGCAGAAGAAACGUACGCAAAAGCUGCGCGACUGCACGGUCAACAUGUACGUGAUGUCGGUGAAAGCGUUGUCUCACCUGUGCAAAGUGGAGGGUGUGCUGUUUGGAGAGAAGGCCCUGCACAUCAUUCGCGACAUCACGUCCGUGAGCACGGAGCUCAAGUUCAAGGUCCGCAACAAAUGGCUCAAAAACCACAAGUGA